GCGCUGGUCGCUGCGGUCGUCGCAGACCGGGUGGUGAUUGGGGAGCGAGACAUGAGCCACGCGGUGUCCGAAGCUGUGGCGGCCUACAACUCCGACCCCACCUCGGAAGGUGUCUCUCCUCUUCAGUGCGUGACGGGGCGACAGCCGGCGGCUCAGGGGUCUGUCUUGAACAACUUUGCGGGCCGCCUUGCCGAGCACGGGUUGAUCGACACCGACCCUAACCUGAACCAGCGCAUGGCCCUCCGCGAGUCUGCCCGCAUUGCCAUGGUGAGGCUCCACUACAGCCAGAGCAUUCGCAAGGCUGAGCUUGCGAGGAGCAGGGAGCCGACAGCUUCUCAACCUCCCGUGCCUGGCGAUGUGGUUUACUUUUGGCGCGCACAGAAGUUGACUCGCCGGGGUGACCCUCGUGUCUCGACUUCUUCCCGGCGGCGGCGUCUGGAGCUGAAACGUUGGCAUGGACCCGCCGUGCUGAUUGCCUUGGAGGCCUCUGGUGAGACCGGCUUCCCUACCAACGCCUUCCUCUCCUUCAAGAGCCAGGUGACGAAGUGUGCGCUUGAGCAUGUGCGUGCCGCCUCUUCGCUGGAACAACUCGCCGCGAACGCCUGGGAAGAGGCCAUAAAAGAGCUGGUCGAUGGUCUUGACCGAGCUCGCGGUUCCGAGCCUGCCGCGGCUGUGCCCGAGGACGAGCCCGUGGACGAUGACCUGGAGUUGGCCGCCGUGGCGCUGGGGAACGUGGCGCCUUCUGAUUGGCUGCCCUCUUCUUCGCCGGCGGCUACCGCUACUAUGACUGGGCCCUCGGCUCCGUCGACGGCGGCUCCUGGAACGCCGGUGGGACAACUACUUCAACGACCGGUCCUUCAGCGUGCUCUAGGCCGGGCUCGGCAACAACCUUUGGCCAUGGAGCUGGGACAGCAUGCUCUUCGACGAGGCCAGCCCGCAGACUUCCAGGCUGAACUUCGUGAUGCCAUGAUGCGCAGCACCCUGCGCCGCACCAGUUCCGAGGCGGGCUUCGCUGACGGCCCCAGUGAGACACGACGUGCAGUGCAAGAGACCAGCGGCGGUGCGCCAACAGCGGUGCACCAGCAGUACCCCAACAAUCUUCUAGUGAAUCUCCUGGGCUUCCUUCUUCAGAACAUGUACCAGCAGUACCCCGACAAUCUUCUA